UCUUAAAGUAUAAUAUUUUUAAAAUAUUGUGUGAAAAUUUGAAGUGAAUCCGACAAAUUCUUUUCGAGUUAUUUAACAAUGACCAAAGGACGCUCGGGUGCUACGUGGCAUUCGAGAGCAGGUAGCUAGAAACAGCUGCAAGCAACCGACCUUUCGGGUUUCAUUGCCAUGAAUAUCUCCCCAUUUUAAUGUAGUACAAGAACUGAAAAAUAAUUUUUGGUUGCCAGUAUACCUGUAGUCGUUGCACUGAUCAGUCGAUAGUUUUGUGAUAAAUUAUUUCUCAAGUGAAUUAAAUUAUUAACCAUGGGACGUGAUUCUAGAAAGGUUUCAAGAGAACUUCGGAGUUCUGAAAAAAUUAAUAAGUCGCGUUCAGUCAAAAGAAAGAAUGUUUUUAAUCCGAAAACAGCCGAAAGUGAUGAAAGUAUUCAGAGUACAUCUUCUAAAAAAUUAAAACAAAACACUGAAGAUGAUGUACCUGAAGACAGCAGUACUGAAUUUCGAAUAAUAAAUUUGAUGAAAUUCGAGUGAUGAAAAACCGAAUCAUGAUAUGUGUCCAAAAGGCGAAGAAUCUUGGUGCUCUUACCAGCGCGCUGAAGCAAGAGGAGAGCUUGAUACCUAUUCUCACGAUUAUUCUCCCUUACCUUCUGAUGUUUUAAAAGCUAUCAAGCCUAUAUACGAAGGUCUUAGUAAUGAAAAUUUACUUUCAAGAUGUGUAGGUGGAUUCAAUCAGAAUAAUAAUGAAAGCUUUAACCAACUAGUAUGGAAAAUAUGCCCAAAAACGGUAAAUACUAGUUUUACUGUCGUACAAAUAGCUGCAUACGUUGCUAUGUGUAUAUUUAAUGAGGGUAUAAAUUCAUUAUUAGUCUUGAUGAAUACACUAGGACUUAAUUGUGGGCCUAAUUCUCAUCGGUAUGCAGAAAGAAUGGAUGCUGCACGUAUCAAAGUAGCAGAUAAGCGCGCUAAUGAUAACACCCGAGAAGGUCGAUUGCAACGUAGGCACCAGCAAAUCAAUAUUUUGGAAGCUGCUAUGACGGCUGAAGAGCUAUUAUAUGGUCCAGGAAUAGAUGACUCAGUAUGAAUCUCCAAGGACUUAUGAUGAUCACCGCAAAGGACUUCGGGAGGAACGGGCUCUACAAAAACAGCGAUAACUUUUUGAAUUAUUAAUUUUUUUUUUUGAAAUUUUCGUGAAGUCAAAUCGAAACGUGUUCUAAUAAAGCUAUGUUUUUAUUUUUGUCAAAUAAAGUAAUUAACUACAAAAAAAAAAUUAUUGAAAAUCAUCAUUUUUUCAGGCCUCUGAGUACCCCU